UUAUGUUCGAGGGUCACGACACAACGUCGGCGGCCAUUUCGUGGAUCUUGCUUCUGCUGGGUGCGGAACCGUCGAUCCAGGAUCGCAUCGUCGAGGAGAUCGAUCACAUCAUGGGCGGCGAUCGGGAUCGGUUCCCCACCAUGAAGGAGCUGAACGACAUGAAGUACCUGGAGUGCUGCAUCAAGGAAGGUCUCCGGCUGUACCCGAGUGUUCCAUUGAUCGCGCGAAAGCUGGUCGAGGACGUCCAGAUCGAUGACUACACCAUCCCUGCCGGGACGACAGCGAUGAUAGUGGUCUACCAGCUGCACCGCGACCCGGCCGUUUUCCCCAAUCCGGAUAAGUUCAAUCCGGAUAAUUUCCUGCCGGAGAACUGCCGCGGACGGCAUCCGUACGCGUACAUUCCAUUCAGUGCAGGCCCGAGGAACUGUAUCGGGCAGAAGUUCGCAGUGCUGGAGGAGAAGUCGAUCAUUUCGGCGGUGCUGCGGAAGUAUCGGAUCGAGGCGGUAGAUCGGCGAGAGAAUUUAACCCUACUGGGAGAACUUAUACUGCGACCCAAGGAUGGCUUACGGAUAAAAAUCAGUCGACGAGAGUAAAACACACGGCGCGAUUAGGAGUAUUGUUCUUUUUUUAAUAAUCAUUAGCAAUUAUAGUUUUUAAUUCUUAGGCUUCAUACGUUUUGUGUUUUUCAUGACAUAAUUUUCGGUGUAUAGAUUUUUUGUAUAUUUUGGUUAUGAAUGAUAAUGUGGAUAAUCUAUGAUGAACGAGAGUUACGAGAGAAUGAAAGGGCGAAAGCAGCACUACGAUCGAGGGUGUAAUGAUCUGUAAACUACAUUCGCUGCUACCACUUGUACCAUAAAGAUCUGAAAGUCAUAACUAGAUAACCAGCCAGUGAAAUAAAAGUUAGUCGAAACAAUUUUAGAACGUGUUGUUUGAUGUUGAUCCGGAUAAAUCCUGGGACACUGAAUCUUGAUAUCAAAGCACUUCAAAUGUGUACGAUGAGGGCUGUGCGUUUAACGAUCACAUCAUUGUUAUCAUACCAAAUAUCAGCCGGAGCCAUGCGGCAAGCAUACGGUUAUUCAGCAAGACAGUCCAGGAUCUUAUGGUAUUGGAAAUUUCCUCGGAUAUCUUGGGCAUAGAGUGUCUUCAUACUUACCACAGAUAGGAUAGGACAAGAGGCUUGGGAUAGAAUCAUUGAAGAAUCUCGCAUCUAGACUGUCUUGACUUUGGUAAGCUUAGAGUUUGAAACCACGUCCUCUGUAGUUGGAGGUCCCCCCUGAAUCGAAUAGUCCAAGUUUCUCACGCAAAUGUAGGAAAGGGGUCUUUAUCAAACCUUUAGUGAAAAUUUUAGCCAUUUGGUCUUUGGUAUAAACAUAAACUGGGCGAAGUACUUCCUUUUGAACGCAUUCAUGGAUGAAAUUGUAUCUUAAAUCGAUGUGCUGAUCGUUCAUGAUUUCGAGGUAAUUCUGCCACACGAAUACAAGAUUGAUUGUCUUCAUACAAAACGGUUGGUUCUGUCAUCUCAAAUUCUAACUCCGUCAGUAAGAUCCGUAACCAUAUAGCUUCGCAGGCAGCUUCACUAAGGGACACAUAUUCAGCUUCUGUGAAAGACAGGGCGAUAGAGUUCUGCUUCUUCGUAGACAAUGACACCGUCGAAACGUGAACUUGGAAGACAUAUCCAGAAAUGAAUUACCGGUCAUUUUCACUGUUUCCCCAAUCAGCAUCAGCAUAUCCUGUCAGGGCUGACGUAGAAUAAUCCUUUCGAUAAAGUAAUCCAAAAUCUGAGUUCCUUUGAGGUAUCUCAGGAUUCUCUUCAAAUGGUUCCAACGAAUGUCUGAUGGUUUCGCUUGAAAACGACUGAAGAAAUUGACGGCGGCACAAAUAUUUGAUCUUGAGGAAAUUGCCAGAUAUGUCAGGCAACCCAGAAGUUCCUUGAACGGAGAUUCUGUUUCGUUCCUUUACAAUUUCAGGUUUGCUUCAAGUGGAGUUUAAACAGGAUUACACGAAGCCAUUCCAAAUCGCGUCAGCAUAUUCUUCACAUAUUUGGGUUGACUGAUUUUCAUUUGUCCAGCACCCAUAUCUCGUUCUAUCUUUAGUCCAAGGAAUUGCUUCACUUCGUCAAUAUGUCAUUUCAAAGCGGUUGAACAUCUUUUUCCUUGAUUUGUUGGAUGAAUCCGAGCUUGCUAGAAUAAAAUCAUCCACAUAUUGUAACAGGUAGAUUACGUCAUCUUCAAUCUUCUUCAAAUACAAGCAGCUAUCAUAGUUUGAACGGUGGAAUCCUAGCCUCUUCAAAUGUGAAUUGAAGACUUCAUUCCAGCUCCUUGGUGCUUGUUUUAACCCAUAUAGCGAUUUCCGCAAGCGGCAUACAAUGUUCCGAUCGGCAUCAUAUCCCUCAGGUUGCUUCAUAAAAAUCUCUUCCUUUAAAUGGCCUUUCAGGAAAGCGGUUUUGACAUCCAUUUGAAGGAUAUGGUAGUCGUUUUGGGUUCUUGAUCAGGAGUACGUUCUUCAUAAUUAUUCACACAACUGUCAUCUUCAAUUAUCUCCACGCAACGCUUCGGUAUGGACAAUGCAGACUUCUUAUCAAAAAUCACGUCCCGAGAUACAAACAGCUUCCUUUUUCGACAUUCAAAAUGCGUUAACCGUGUUGUUUGCGUAUCUAAUCAUCCCAUUCUUUUGAGAUCUUGCAUCCAGUUUUCCUCGCUGCUGUUUCGGUAUAUGCGUAUAAGCAGUCGAACCAAAAACACGUAGAUUGUCGACAUCCGGUUUCCGAUGAUACCACAUUUCGUAAGGAGUCUUUGAUUCUCGCAAUGCAGUCGUUGGGCAACGAUUUCCAAGGUACGUUGCCGUAAGCACUGCUUCUUCCCACAACAUCUUCGGUAGGCCCGCAUCCAAGACUAGAGAUCUUGAUUUGUCUAACAAUGUCCUCUUCGUCCUCUCUAUUUUGUUGUGGAUUGUACGGAACGGUAUACUUCAACGAAAUUCCUCUCCUGCGGCAAAAUUCUUAAAAUUCGGCACUGUUAUAUUCUCCUCCGUUGGCGCAUCUCAGUCUAGCAAUCUUGCUUCCAAAAUAUGCAGUAACCUUAGCUUCGUACUCGAUUAAAUGUUCCUGCACCUCGUCCUUCGAAUUCAACAGAUGAUACCACAGUAAAAUGCGUGUCGUCAUCCGUAAACGUUACAAAGUACCACUUCUGAUUCCACGUAUGCGGGACGAACGGCCCACACACAUCCGUAUGAAUUAGCUCAAGGGGCCUCCGGGAUUUCGACUCUUGUAUCUAUUCAAAGGCUUUCUUCGUUUGCUUCCCCUCUAGCUUCGCAAAUUCGGUUCUCAGUACUACUUAGUUGACUCCCCUUGGUCUUCACCAUAUCGUGCAUCCACAGCUUACGGAGAUUGGCUUCACCAACGUGUCCAAAGCGCCUGCGCCAGAGUUCGAAGUCAUCAGUUUUCGCCACCAUUGCACUGCCGUGUGCAGCAUAGUUGUCCCAUGUUCUAUGGGAAUCCCUAUUAACAUGGGACAACUAUGCUGCACACGGCAGUGCAUUCUGCUCACGAUUUCGCCGAUGGUCGUCCAGCCUGUACAACGAUCUUCCUCUCGUACCCGUCGCAACAACUUGAUCAUUCUUCUCGAUCAGGACCUUUCCGAUGACGAAAGUAACUUUUAUGCAUUGCAGCUCAGAUUGGGAACAUACAGCACAUUAUCCACAACAGCUCUCUAACGCAUUCCGUCAACCAGCAUUUCAGCUCUCACGGUGCCAGCCACAUUCGUUUCCAUCGAUUCUCCUCUUUUGGCUACAGUAAUUCGAACGGUUUCCGGUAGAUCAUGCAGUUCUUCAAAGUACGCUUCUGAGUUCAGUAUAUGGUUCGACGCACCGGAGUCUACAUACCAUUCAAUCUGCAAUCCGUCUUCAGACCUUCCAACAACCAAUGCUUCUUAAUCACACGUGGCCAAAAACGCAAUGUCUGCUUCCGCAUCGAUAUUCGCCUUGCCUCUGGACUCGAACUUGGGUAGCCGAUUGCGAUUUCUUUCGCCCGUUGGUUUCUCCUUGCAUUCCGAUCGUUUAUGGCCUAUUUUUCCGCAGUUAUAGCACUUGAAGUUCCAUUUCUUGCUCACAAACGCCUAUUCCGAGCUCCCAGAUGCUUCACCCACAUUCUUGUUCGCUCGCCUCGUUUCCUCAUUCAGCAGUCGUGUUCGCACAAAUUUCAGCGUCAAUCGAUCCGGUUCCACAGUGUCCAGUGCCGUAACAAGCGCGUCGUACAAAGAAAGUAACGUCAACAAGAGGU